CUCUGAUGUCACUGUGGAAUUCCUGGGUAUGACCCCCAAAGGUCAAAGUUCAUUCCAUGUCAACAUUCUGGAUCAAGGCUCCUUUAAUGUUUCAUCCAAUUGGAGUUUAGGUUCUCCAGGAACAUAUGAAAUCAGAGUCAUUGCAUUCAAUAUUAUCUCCAUGUUCACUGCUACCUAUAAUGUCUCAGUUUUGACACGAACAACAGAAGGUCUGAUGGACGUUUGGCUAAUUGGAGCUGCUGCUUGCAGUGGUGGAGUGGACAGUGAAUCUCCUGGAGACUGUACCUGGUGCCUCACACAACGAGAGGAGACGUGCUGCCCCAAGUCAAUAUGCAUCAACAUGCAGAACAACACUGUGCACGUAAAAAGGACAAAGGAGAAGAAUGCAAAGGAGAAGAGAGACUUAAUUCAUAAUAGCAAUGUAGUUGAGGUUUAUGCUGCAAAUCAAGCCUAUCCAACCAACACCGAAGUCCAUUUCUUAGCACGGACAAAUGCACAGGACUCUAUGGAGUUUCUAUGGCAAUUUGGAGACUCAACUUCUGCACGAAAUAUAGACAACGCCAUUACUAAAAGAUACCGCAACCCAGGAAGGUAUAAUGUUACAGUUGUCAUGGUAACUCCUCGGCUGUCCACCACCUCGAAGCCUUUUCCCAUUAUAAUCCAAAGAGCAGUAAAACUAAAUCGACUUAUCCACCAGGCCUCUGUGCUGCAGUAUCACACUGUAGUAUUUAGCUGCAGAGUAAAUACUGGGACAGAUCUCGAUUUCUUAUGGACAUUUGGAGAGGGCUCAUCUAAACUUGGACACAGCACAGAGCAACAUGUCUUUCAGAGGUUGGGAGAGUUUGUGAUAGAAGUGACAGUUUUUAACCUGGUCAGCUACGCCUCUCUGAGAAGUCACAUCUUUGUAGUGGACAAACCCUGCCAGCCUCCGCCUGUAAAAAACAUGGGGCCACUCACGAUAAAAGUUCCCAGAUAUGAACCCAUCCACCUUGGAGUGACUUAUGAGUCUGAAUUUAAUUGUGACAUUUUAUUUUCAAGAGGAAUUCAGUACAGCUGGACACUGUACAACUCUACAAAACAAGCUAUUUCUUUACCUCAUAUAGAGACACAUAGGCAGACCCUGGUAUUCCCAAGUCAUUUUCUACAUUAUGACACAUACACUGCAAUUGCUAAGGUUCAAGUUGUUGGCAGUGUGGUGUACAGCAACUAUAGUGUAAGACUGAAAGUGGUAGAGACUGCUCCUGUUGUGAUGAUUCGAGGAGGUACCAAUGUUUUUAUUAACAAGAAAAACAUGACUGUGGUCACACUGGAUGGGACAAAAUCACAUGAUCCAGACUUUCCCCACAACAAAGCGAGAUUUAGCUGGAUUUGUAAACCAGUCAGUACCAUCCCCAGCUCCUGCUUUGAUCGUGAAGUUCCCAUGUCCUCUGCUGUGAUAGCUUUUCCUUCAUCUUUUCUUAAACAAAACUUUGAUCAGUUUCAAUUCACACUCACCAUAGAAAGUGCUGGACGAUCAGCUUCAUCUGAGAUCUUCCUCACUGUCAAAACAGACAUACAAGGGAAAGUGUCCAUUGAAUGCCCUCAAUAUCAAAACAACAAAGUGAACUGGGAUCAGCCAUUUCCUGUCCAGGCUUUUUGUGAACAAUGUAAAAUCCCUUCCACAGUCAUUAAUUAUUCGUGGAGUCUGUACCAGGUCAAUGCUUCUUCCAGACCUAUCAACAAAGUUCCAUUUUGCCACACAGUGGAUUUCAGUGCUCCAUCAGCUAUAAAGGACACACCCACAGAGACUUCUCCUUUUCAGAGACAAUGGAGAAGUGUUUUGAACCCCAGGCCUGAUUCUACAAUAGACUUUACAAUGACAAGUUCAGGAGAGGACUUACUUUAUACUGUACAAGAAUUAGACACAUUUGACUCCUCACCUAUCGCCCCUGAAUACCGUGGACAUGUUCAAGAAAUCAUGGAUUUAACUGAAUCAUCUUCUGACUGGAUUUUUCCUUUUGAUAUUGACCCACAGUAUGAUUCUUUCCUCAACGCAGAGGAGGGAGAGUCUGAUAUAUCACCAGGAAGAACCACAGUUGAGGAUGGUGAGAGCUUCAGUCUGGGGGAGGAGUUGGAGUUUGACCCAGAAUCACAUAGAGAGGAGGGCAGUAAUCUGGUGGAUGUGAGGCCUAGUGUUGUGGUGCAAGAGCGCACUCUACUGGAUCUGCCCCGUGACCCUGUGCCGCAAUGGAUCUUUGAGUCCUACACUUCUACAGGAAUUUCCUCAUCUGAACUCAAUUUUAAACCAUUUAGUCUGCAGCCUGGGAGCAGAUACAUGUUGGAAGUCAUAGCAGCUCACGAUUCCCAAAAGCUGUUUUUGGGGCGUACACAGUUCUUCUUUCAAACCAAACCAGCUCCCAAAGGAAUGACGUGUCAAGUGCAACCACUAACAGGAGUGGAGCUACUCACUGUCUUCAGCAUUUUCUGUUCAUCAGGGAAAGAGGACUUAUUUUACAAAUACAGCUACAGUGUUGGAAACAAACCUCCACAAACUUUAUAUCAAGGCACAGACUUCGAGCACUAUUUCAGUCUUCCCGUUGGAGAUCCAAACAAUGAUUAUAAAGUUACCGUUUCUAUAGAGAUCAGGAGCAGCAUUGAUGGAGGCACCACCGGCCCCUGUCCCGUCUCUGUCACAGUCCAGCCACAGUUUACAAGAGACACCUACUCAGCCGGUGAUCCAGUAUUGGAGCUUUCACAAAUAGCAUUACGAAACCUCUCCAGUCGUCUUGGAAACAGCAGAGAGACCCUAAACUAUAUCCGAAUAGUCACAGAUAUCUUGAACAGACUGAGCAUGGAGCCUGGGGUCAACAUGCAGUCCCUGGUGUUUUUACGUAACGCACUUGUUUGCAUUGUGUGUGACAUCGAAGCUAUUGAUCAGUUUUCCGUGCUAGGUACCAUUCAUAUACUGAAGAACCUUUUGCAAAAAACAUACCAAGUGUCAUUAGCAACUAUAAGUAAAGUUACGAGCCUCAUGCACUUAAUCACAAAUAAACAGUUUGUGGACCUGAAGACUUUGAACAAUAUGAUCUCUUUACAUGCACACAACCUGAAUACUGUUACUGGCUAUGACUAUCAAAAGGAUAUUACUAACAUUGCAACAGAAUUUGAGCUAUCCCUUUACAAUUUAGCAGGCAAUAAUGCAAUAUCUACAAUAUACAGUUGCUUAACACACACCACUGGUUCACUGAAUGGACUCAGUUUGGCAAAGCAUCUUGUAGACAGUAUUCUACGAGCAGUCUCAUUAAUAACACUGAGAUUUGUCUUGCUACACCAAAUGGAAGAGUUCAAAUUGAGUGCGGGCUCUGUGUCUGUAUACUCCACAUACCAAAUUCAAAGGACUACAGUUAGUAGUGGUUUUAGUGUUUUUUACCUGCCCCAAUCUUUUGUCCAUCAUCUUGACACAUGUGUGAUCAGUGUAGUGACCGAACUCAACCAAAACCCUUAUUUUUGGGCUAACUAUCCUGGAAAGCUGAGAGGACCAGUGGUUGAACUAAGUUUGUUCAGAUGUAAAACAAGAAGGAAAAUCCCAAUUAAUUUCUUUGCUGAGCCUUUUCAAGUAGAAGCACAACCACCAGAAAAACAAACUGCCAUGGCUGAAUACAUUCUCCAACACAACGAGAUAAACUACCACAGCUUUAAUAUUUCCCAUGAGCACUUGCAGCAUGCUAUCCAGCUUUGUGUUCAGUUCAUUCCACCAGCCACCAGGGUGUUUCCAGUUGUGCUACUUUUUAGGAUGUUUGCCAAGCCGACGCCAAGUGAAUACCAUUUGCACUCGACGCACCACUGGGAAAGAAGUGUAAUUCGCAUGACACUGCCUUCAUCCUACCUCAAUGCUGGUGGCAUUGGAUACCUUGCCCUCCUGAAUGCUGAUUUUGAGAGGCCUCACAGAUGGAGGAAUACAAAGGUCAGUUACAGAGUGAGAGUGGACAGGAGCCAGUGUGUGUCCUGGGAUGCUCAGAAAGGGGCGUGGACAACAGACAACUGUAAAACACAGACUAAUGACACGUCCUUCGCUGUUAACUGCAGCUGUCAUCACUUGCAUCCAGUGACAGUUGUACAAGAGCAGAUACCAACCAACCUUGACACAGGAGAGACAGGAGCAUUUUUUAGUGUGCCCUAUAACUGGACAGUGGUCAUUACGCUGUUGUUGGGCAUGUCUUUGUUCAUUAGCGCACUGGUUUUGAGUUCAAACGCUGGCGUGGUCUCUGGGGAGAGAAGAGUGCACUACUUGUCUGAUAAUUUACUGUGUGAGCCGCACAUUUACGCUGUCACCAUCUACACCGGCCUCUGCUCUGCACCAGAGAUGAGCGCAAAGGUUUACAUUGUGCUUUGUGGAGAAAAUGGCUUUACUCAGACAAAGGAACUUCAAGUCCCAGGAUGCACUUUAUUUAGGAGGAACUCUCAUGACACUUUCAUUGUCAGUACAACUAAGAGCUUGGGAUCAGUGUGUGGGAUUCACAUCUGGCACGACAACUCGGGACCAACUCCAACAUGGUACAUCAAAAGUUUGGAAGUGUUUGAGGUUAAGGGGCGUGUGUGGCUCUUUGACUGUCAGUGCUGGUUGGCCGUGGACAGGAGCGACGGACAAGUGGAGAGAAUGUUGAGAGUUUACAAUCAGAAAAUGAGCUUUGGAAAGAUGUUGUGUCUCAAAGUGUCGGACUACAUGGCAGACUUCCACAUCUGGGUUUCUGUUUACACCUCUCCAAACCUGAUCUCUUUCACACAAUGCCAAAGACUGUGCAUGUGUAUUUUAUUGUGGCUAGGCUACACAUGUGUCAGCACUGUUAUCAUAUCACAAAGAAAUUACAAGAUGCAUUUUGAGCUGGACGUUAAAGAAAUAUCAAUGGACGCGGUCACAACAGGGAUAUUAAGUGUUGCUUUAGUUCUACCUACAGCAACUUUAUUAUGGUUUAUAUUUCGGCUCAGUCAAGUCAAAGUUAUGAGACUGGCAACUAAAAGCACAGGGGAAACCAAGACAGAAGACACUGAAGAUGCUCCUUCACUGAACACUAUUUCUGAGCUGUACUUCUCAUGGGGCAGCCUACAACAGUGGCUGCAAGAAUCCUGGAGAAAGAAAUAUCAAGAUACAGAUCUUUCCUCAGUCUCCAGUUGGGGUCUAGAUGAUACAAUUUUAGAUGAAAUCCAAAAUAAUGUGACUAUAAGUAAAGAAGACGUAAUUGUAAUUGAUGGUAAGGACGAGACCCAGGAUUCAAGUUUGUCCAGAGAUGAGAAAAAGAAAGAAAAUGCAACUUAUAAGACCAAGGAAAGUAGCCAAGAAGAUCCAAAAAUGCCUCAAUGGUUUUACUGUGUGGCUUGGGUCCUAUGGCUGUUGCUUUGCCUAAUCUGCCUGAUUUCCUCUGCUAUCCUUGGAGUAAGGUUUACCCACAGAGAGGCAGUGAUGUGGAUACAAUCACUUUUCUUCUCUCUUUUGUUUUGUAUUUUCUUCAUUCAUCCACUACUGGUUUUCACAAUGGCACUGGUCACUGUUUUGAUGUGGCACAGAAAAAGCACGUUUAUAUUAAAGUUUUCAACUCACCACAUGCAUAAAAGCAUUUUCAAAGCCAUUGAAAACUGUACUUUGCAUCCAACAGGAUAUCCAACCCUCCUGAAGACCAAACCAGGCCAAGUUACAGGUCAUAUCUGUGAAGAGGCGACCUUACUCGCAGAGUCAGAAUGCCUGUUUUUCCAGGUUCGACAAAGACAACGGUUCUUGCGUCUUGUUCGACCCCCAACUUUUACAGAGCUCAGAAACUCUCGUCGUAACAGAAAAAGAGACAGGCUUAUUCAAGAAACAAUAUGGGAUUGGUUUGUUUUUGGCUCAAUGCUUUCUUUGAUGGUGUGUGUGACCUAUGAGAGCUCUUCCAGUGACUAUUACAAUCUCAACAAAGCUGUCCAAAAACAUUUCAUGAGUGGACAAGACAGUUUAAUGAGUGUCCAAACAUAUGAUGACUGGUGGAGGUGGGCACAGACUAGUCUCAUUGAUACACUGUACAAAAGUACAUCAUCUGCAUCUAAGUUUUCUGCAUUUCAAAACUCUCAUAUCUUAAUCGGAGAGCCUGUCCUUUGGAAAACAGAGGCAACACUUCAUAAGGGUUUAAAUUCAACUUUGGUACCAAAUUGUCAUGAGAUCAGUUUGAAAAAUAAGAAAUUACUUAUUCAUAUGUGCUCUGAUAAUUUGGAUGAUCAAAAAAUGUCAACAAACGAAGCUAAAACUGCUUUGGGACACACAAAGACCAUUGCUGAAUCUAAACUCAAACAGAUAAAAUCAGAACACUGGAUAGGCAAUAGUACGAUGGUCUUGAAGGCUCAUUUUAUCCUGUACAGUCCAGCUCCAAACCUGUUCACCAGUGUCACUCUCACCAUCAAACAGAUGCCUUUUGGGCUCCUCCUGCCCUCAGCCAUUGUCCAGUCUGUACAUGUGUUUGAUACUGGCUCUAAAUGGGACUAUGUGGUUCUGGCUUGUAAGCUACUUUUUCUGAUGAUUUUAUUCCUGCGUUUGUGCCAUCACAUUUUGUCUCUUUGUGAGAAAGGACUGAUCAUGUACAGCAAGAUCCCGUGUAACUGGUUAGAAGUUGGUAUAUUCAUAGUAGCCAUCAUCUAUUAUCUUUACUGCAUUUAUCGCUCCACUCUGGUCAGUGAAGUUGCAGAGUUACUGCAAAGACAAAACAGCAAGACACAGAUUGAUUUGAGUCAAUUAGCCACUUGGGAUCAGACUAUACAUAACCUGCGCGGCACAUUACUUUUCCUGCUAACCUUGAGGUGUGUAACUGUGGUAAAAAAGACAACUCCCCAGACCAACUCCAAAUGCAGCCUCUACUGGAUUUUGAUUGCAGGUCUCAUCUUUGUAUCUGCAUUGUCCUCUAUGAGAAGACUGGUCCAUAUCCAAAGACUUGUAUUUAAUCAUGGUGUUUUUGCUAUAACUAGACUAAUGUGGAUUACCCUGGUUAUAAAUGUUGUGUCUUCAUCUGCAAAAAGUGUGAGAAGAAGGAGGAAUAUUUUCACUAUAACUGAUUUGGUUCAGUACAUAAAAAAGAAGCUGUUUUCAAUAUGGACUCGAUCAGCACACUUAGAUCAUAACAUAGAGAGAAAGACCUAUUACUUUGAGCAGUUUGAAAGUGUAUUGGACGAACUGUUGUUUAGACUUGAUGUUCUGUCUGACCAAACUGGAGACUAUGGAGAGGACAGUCCCAUUUGUCCAAGGCAGGAUUCAUUUAAGACACGAGUAAACAAAAACAGCAAUGAGGCUCGUGCAUGGGAUGUUUUGGCUUUGGAAAUGGAACAAGCUUUAAUCUCAUCUUGUUUAGAAAAGUCUGGACCAGAUGAACUCAAUCAUCUUCUUCCACACAGAGGAAAAGGAGACAAGAUUUCAGAAGUGAUUGAUCUGUCAAAUAAAAUACAACUGGGUGAAGUUAAAUGUGACAAAAACACAGAAGAAAGAGAGAUGGAUACAUUAAAAGGACAGUUUACGCUCACAAACCUGGCCAAAUCUGCAGAGGUGGUUGUGGAAGUGCUUGUUCAUAAAGAACAAUUGAUUUAUGAUGAACUUUGAAAAAACUUCAGUUGAUGCAUCUAAAUGAUGAGUACUGUGUGUCUUUAAACUUGUGUGCGCGAUGCUGAAUGAAAUCAAUGUGACUGGGAGCUGUCAAAUUAAAUAAAGCUUUGCCCCAGGCUGUGAAGAAUA